AUGACGAAGGGCACAGACCCAUCAGGAAUGAAGCAAGCAGUGAGUUUCGAUGAUGUCCAUGUGGACUUCACUGAGGAAGAGUGGAAUUUGCUGGAUCCUUCCCAGAAGAAUCUCUACAAAGAUGUGAUGCUUGAGACCUACUGGAACCUCACUGCUAUAGGCUAUAAUUUGGAAGUCCAUCAUACUGAAGAACAACAUCAAACUUCUAGAAGUCAUGAAAGACAUAAAAGAACACAUACUGGACAGAAACCACAUGAAUGUAAUCAAUGUGGUAAAGCCUUUUCAAGUCACAGUAAUCUCCAAUAUCAUAAGAGAACACAUACAGGAGAGAAACCUUAUGAAUGUAAUCAAUGUGCUAAAGCCUUUUCAUUUCACAGUAGUCUCCAAACACAUAAAAGAACACAUACUGGAGAGAAACCUUAUGAAUGCAAUCAAUGUGUUAAAGCCUUUACACAACAAAGUCAUCUCCAAAUCCAUAAAAGAACACAUACUGGAGAGAAACCCCAUGAAUGUAAUCAAUGUGGUAAAGCCUUUUCCUGUCACAGUGGUCUCCAAUCUCAUAAGAGAACACAUACAGGAGAGAAACCUUAUGAAUGUAAUCAAUGUGUUAAAGCCUUUUCAUGUCACAGUAAUCUCCAAAUACAUAAAAGAACACAUACAGGAGAGAAACCUUAUGAAUGUAAUCAAUGUGGUAAAGCCUUUACACAGCAAAGUCAUCUCCAAAUCCAUGAAAGAAUACAUACUGGAGAGAAACCCCAUGAAUGUAAUCACUGUGGUAAAGCCUUUUCAAGUCACAGUAAUCUCCAAAUGCAUAAAAGAACACAUACUGGAGAGAAACCCCAUGAAUAUAACCAAUGUGGUAAAGCCUUUUCAAGUCACAGUAAUCUCCAAAUGCAUAAAAGAACACAUACAGGAGAGAAACCUUAUGAAUGUAAUCAAUGUGUUAAAGCCUUUUCAUGUCACAGUAAUCUCCAAAUACAUAAAAGAACACAUACAGGAGAGAAACCUUAUGAAUGUAAUAAAUGUGGUAAAGCCUUUACACAGCAAAGUCAUCUCCAAAUCCAUGAAAGAAUACAU